ACUAGGCGAGUCUGCAGCAUCACUCGGGGGCGUCCAUCUGUACCGUAUUCCGCCCGUCCCAAAGUCGCCCAAAAAUGCACUCGAACCGCCGAAACACCCCGAAAAUCGACCCCGUAAAACGUGAACGUUCGUUUAACCGUUUGUGAAGGUGCGAAAGGCUAAGAUGAGGUCGACGUGGAAGUGGAUUUUGUGUAUAUUUUUGAUUUUGUUCGUGCAGUUCUGCUUAUGCAAUCCGGACGCCAAACGUCUCUACGACGAUUUGCUGAGCAAUUAUAACAGACUGAUUCGGCCAGUUAGUAAUAACACUGAUACGGUUUUAGUCAAAUUAGGAUUAAGGUUGUCGCAACUUAUAGAAUUAAAUUUAAAAGAUCAAAUUUUAACUACAAACGUAUGGUUAGAACAUGAGUGGCAAGAUCAUAAAUUUAUGUGGGAUCCACAAGAAUAUGGAGGUGUUACUGAAUUAUAUGUUCCAUCUGAACAUAUAUGGUUGCCAGACAUUGUUUUAUACAAUAAUGCUGAUGGAGAGUACGUCGUCACCACAAUGACGAAGGCAGUACUAAGACAUACUGGAAAAGUGUUAUGGACUCCCCCAGCAAUUUUCAAAUCAUCUUGUGAAAUCGAUGUCAGAUACUUCCCUUUUGACCAACAGACAUGCUUCAUGAAAUUCGGGUCUUGGACAUACGAUGGAAAUCAGAUUGAUUUGAAGCAUAUCAAUCAAAAAUUCGGGGAGGACAAGGUCGAAGUGGGAAUUGAUCUAAGGGAAUAUUAUCCCAGUGUGGAAUGGGAUAUUUUGGGUGUUCCUGCUGAAAGACACGAGAAGUAUUAUCCUUGUUGUGCCGAACCAUAUCCAGAUAUAUUCUUCAACAUAACAUUGAGAAGAAAGACGCUUUUCUACACGGUAAAUUUGAUAGUGCCCUGCGUGGGCAUCUCCUACCUCUCGGUACUAGUGUUCUAUUUACCCGCCGAUUCCGGGGAAAAAAUCGCCUUGUGCAUCAACAUCCUCCUAUCGCAAACCAUGUUCUUCCUCCUCAUCUCCGAAAUCAUCCCAUCCACCUCCCUCGCCCUGCCGCUGCUGGGCAAGUACAUCCUGUUCACCAUGGUGAUGGUGGCGUUCUCCGUAGUCAUCACGAUCAUAAUCCUGAACGUCCACUAUCGCAAGCCCAGCACCCACAAGAUGGCGCCGUGGGUGCGCAACUUCUUCAUCAAGAGCGUACCGAAGCUGCUCCUGAUGAGGGUGCCGAAGGACUUGCUGACCGAGCUGGCCGCCAACAAAAUACCGGGCAAUCGAUUGCUGAUGAAGAAGCGGGAGCUGGACGCCAUGCCCUCGACCGGCUCGUCCAGCACCUCGUCCUCGAGCUCCAGCCGGAACCGGGCCAGCGGGUGCAACGGACUGCACUCCGCAUCCACAACGAACAGGCUAAGGAGCUUCGCCGGCACGCUAGGAGGACGACUGGGCUACAACGGGCUGCCGUCGGUGUUCUCCGGACUGGACGAGAGCGACUCGGGCACCAGGAAGAAGUACCCGUUCGAACUGGAAAAAGCAAUACACAACGUCAUGUUCAUCCAGCACCACAUCCAAAGGCAGGAUCAGUUCAAUGCGGAAGAUCAAGACUGGGGGUUCGUGGCCAUGGUGCUUGAUAGGCUGUUCCUAUGGAUUUUCAUCAUCACAUCGAUCUCGGGCACCAUCACGAUCUUGUGCGAAGCCCCCGCUUUAUACGACGACACCAAACCCAUCGACAUGGAGCUGUCUUCCGUUGCUCAACAACAAUUUCUACCCGAACUAGAAUACUAACUAAUUGUUACAGCAAUAAUCAAUCAUGUUAUCCUAGCGUUUUAAUAAAUAAAUCGUACAUUACCCACUUUUUUAUUAAAAAAUUAAACCAGACACAGCCAAGGGCCAAACUCAUUUAAGUCUCAACAAUAAAGGCGAUGAACAAUCACUUGUAAGGAAGCUCGUUGCGGCUCAAAAUCUUUAAUGUGUUAUCAUGUUAAAAAGGCUGAUCGUGAGACGUGGGUCGACGCACAAUGGACCUUGGAGAAUUUAAAUUACACCAACAUGCUGAAAGUGGCUAUUUUAUUUCGUUUUCCAGGCAAUAUUUCGUCGUCAUUGUGUUCCAAGUGGUUU